AGUCAUAUGACCUUCCUGUUGGACUGGUUCACGCGGAGCUGCCAUUGAGGACGUAAAGGAAGUUCCUGCCACAAAGAAACCUGGUUUCUGUCUUAAACCGAUGACAGGGGUUGUGUAGACUUUCUUUACCCAGUGAUGUUUGCCGGUGUGUUGUUGCUGUGUUUGCUGGCCGUGUGUCAGCUCGGCUCGCGGGCUCAGUACGCUCCCGACGAGGUAACUAACCUGCCAGGUAUGAAGUUCAAACCCAACUACCGACAGUGGUCGGGGUACCUCCAGGCACGGCAGGGCAAGUUUCUCCAUUAUUGGUUUGUGACUUCUCAGAGGGACCCAGUCAAAGACCCUUUGGUGCUCUGGCUGAAUGGAGGCCCAGGCUGCAGCUCGCUGGAUGGAUUCCUGUCAGAGAAUGGACCAUUUCAUGUAAAUGAUAACGGAGCCUCACUGUAUGAAAACGCCUUUAGCUGGAAUAAGAUUGCCAAUGUGCUGUAUGUAGAGUCUCCUGCAGGAGUGGGAUUUUCCUACUCUGAUGACAAAAAGUAUGCCACAGACGAUGACCAGGUUGCUGAUGAUAAUUACAAAGCCCUGCAGAGUUUCUUUGCCAAGUUCCCAAACUUCACUCAAAAUGAGUUCUUCAUCUUUGGGGAAAGUUAUGGUGGAAUUUAUGCACCAACGCUCAGCCUGCGCGUGGCUACUGGAGCAGCCAAAAUCAACUUCAAGGGCUUUGCAGUGGGAAAUGGUCUCAGCAGCUUUGCUCUUAAUGACCAAAGUUUGAUCUACUUUGGUUACUACCACGGCCUCUUUGGAGAAGAUCUGUGGCGUGAUCUGAACAUAAAUUGCUGUGAAAAGGGGAGCUGUAACUUUUACAACUCCAGUUCAGACGCCUGCAAGACGCUGGUGAUUGUGGCCUUUGGUAUUGUGUAUAACAGCGGACUUAAUGAGUAUGCCCUGUACUUGGAUUGCGAGGGUGGCAGAAGAUCCCACAGAGGCUACGAGAGGACCAUGAUUCACCUGUUUAAAAAUUGUGGGAAACACAUGCACACCCUCAAGUUUUCAGAUGGAGCGCCUUCCUCCGUGUCUCUGGGUGAAGUUCCUCCCUGCAUCAACAGCACGGCUCAGAUGAACUGGCUGAACAGAGGAGACGUGAGGAAAGCUUUACACAUUCCAGCUACACUGCCACCCUGGGACCUCUGCAGUGAUGAUGUUGGAGAGCAGUACACCACCCUGUACUCGACAGUGAAGGACGUCUAUCUGAAGCUGAUCUCUCUGGGCCUGCGGGCACUCGUCUACAAUGGAGACACUGACAUGGCCUGCAACUUCCUGGGAGACCAGUGGUUUGUGGAAGACCUCGGACUGGAGGCAACCACUAAAUACCAGACCUGGAUUCACGAUGACCAGAUUGCUGGCUUCUACCAACAGUUUGGAAACAUCACCUUCCUGACAGUCAAGGGUGCAGGUCACAUGGUUCCUCAGUGGGCUCCAGGUCCAGCUUUCCACAUGUUCCAGUCUUUCAUAACAAAUGGCUACUACUGAGCCACAAUGGAGACUGCUGUGUCAUAUACCUGCACUUUUCACUUGUUAGAUGGUACAUAUUUCUCAGGGACGAUGAUUUUGGAGGGAAAACGACCGUUAGGGCACUUAUUUUUAUCAUUUGUAUUGUUCAUUGAGUAUCCGCAGUGUGAGUAUUUGGAGACGGACACGUUAUGAUGUUCUGGCUUUUCUCUGCAUCACAUGGUAUUUGAAAUGAAACACUUUAAGAGAAAAACUUCCAGAUUUGAGGAUGUUUACAUCGAUACUGGACUAAUAGUGUAGGAAAUAAAACCUUUUGUAGACAGUGUCAUUUUAAAGAACCAUAAUAAUCCAAUAAUUAAAUACAAACAAAUGUGAAUAAAAUAAUCAAUUCAACAUUUAUUAUGUCAGCUUCACUUCUCAUUUUGGGUUUUGUGCCUUCAGUCUUGUUUUCAGUAAGUGAAAGGUACCCUCAGUUCUGCUUAGCCUUAAAACCUUUCUGGUGGCCUUGUUUAAGAGUAUUGUCCUGAAACUAGGGAACUACUAAUGUAUGUAUAAAAGGUUACAAGUCCUUUACUGUUCACCUGAAAUAGAAGUGAAAACCCUGCUCAGAGUCGCUUUGAUUCAUUUCAUAUCUAAUGUGCUGAAUUAAAAACAAACUGUCCUUGUCCAGAUACUUAGACUGCACCUUAUCUGAUCAAAUGAAACGAUUUCCUGUGGCACUGAUGUAAACUUAAAUCUUGAUGUUUGUUGUUUUCAUUGACCAUUUUCAGAAAAA